AUGAACUUAGACCCUAACGAAUUAUCAAAAUGGAAUUGUAUUCUUGAACCUAAGACUAAUGGAAUUAAUACUUAUAGUGGACUAUAUAUAGGAGAUAUUGAUUGUGCUAAAGAUCAAUAUUUGCUAUAAAAAUUACAAAUACGUGCUGUUUUAAGUGUAAUUGAUUAUCCUGAAAUUAAUUUACCUGAAUCUUACAUUCAUUCCAAAAUAUCAAUUCCUGAUUCAGAAGAUUAAUCAUUACUUGAUCAUUUUCCUAUGUGUUUUGAUUUUAUUGAUGAAAAUAGAAAACAUACAAAUGUUAUGGUUCAUUGUUAUGCUGGAAUUUCUAGAAGUGCAACAAUUAUUUUAGGUUAUUUAAUGUAACAUUUUGAAUGGAAUUUUGAUAGAGCCUAUUAAAUAUUAUGGUGUUUGAGAAAAUAGAUUUAACCUAAUGAAGGCUUUAUUAAAUAAUUAAGAGUAUAUGAAUAAAUUUAAAAAAAAUAACAAAAUAUAGAGAAUUUUGAUUAUAAGAAGACCAACAAUAAUUAAUAAUAAGAAAAUAGACAAAAUUAGUUUUUAAAAUAAAUUGAAUAAGAAAUUGAAGAAAGACAAAAGAAUCUUGAAAUACUAAAACAAAAAUACAAAUAAAUUUAAAAUACUAAAUUGAUAUCAUAAGAAUAAUCCAAAAUUGUUUUGUGA